UCAGAUUUGUGGAUAACGCUCCGACAACAAACAAAAGAUCGAGGCUAGUCGAGCUCAUUAUACUUUGUCGGUCCGUCUAGCUUAACGCGAGUUGUUACUUUGCUCACAACUACGACAAGCUCUUUUGCCUUUUAACUACUUUUUUUCGGAUCCUGUAUGGUGAACUGUCUUCUUAUUGUGUCUCUAUUUGUGGCUUUGUGUUAGCUAAUGUCAACCUGAGCCUUUUCAGCGAUCGCUUCGCCUUUGCUGGCCAAGCUAAACGCUGUAGCCAGGUUAGCUUCUCGGCUAACCAGCUCUGGCUGUUCCUCAACGGCCAGCGACAGCCGUUAGCUUAGCGUACUAGCUCGCUAGCUUUGAUAAACCUCCCUUUAAAAAACUUGACACUGACUGACACAAGGGGUUCUGGCUUGUUAUUAACAAGCCAUUUUACUAAAUCUCGUGUCGUAGCCAUGUCUGGACAGUCGUCGGGGUGUGGGUUUCUGAUGUCGGUUGUUGUCCACGGAGACUCGGCUCUAAACGAACAGGAAAAGGAGCUCAAUCAGCGGCUCCGACGUCUGUAUCCAGCCGUUAACGAAAAUGAGACUCCACUUCCACGGUCCUGGAGCCCGAAGGACAAGUUCAGCUACAUUGGGCUUUCUCAGAACAAUCUCCGUGUACACUACAAAGGUCACGGCAAAACCCCUAAAGAUGCAGCAUCUGUACGAGCCACCCACCCCAUCCCUGCUGCCUGUGGGGUUUACUACUUUGAGGUGAAGAUCAUCAGUAAAGGACGAGAUGGGUACAUGGGCAUCGGCCUCUCAGCUCAGGGUGUAAACAUGAACAGACUCCCCGGUUGGGACAAGCACUCGUAUGGUUACCAUGGAGAUGAUGGCCACUCCUUCUGCUCAUCCGGCACCGGGCAACCGUACGGACCCACGUUUACAACAGGUGAUGUGAUUGGCUGCUGCGUUAACCUCAUCAACAACACCUGCUUCUACACAAAGAAUGGUCACAGCCUAGGUAUUGCCUUCACAGACCUACCACCCAACUUGUACCCGACGGUGGGCCUUCAGACUCCAGGGGAGGUGGUGGAUGCAAACUUUGGCCAGCACCCCUUUGUGUACGACAUUGAGGACUACAUGCGUGAGUGGAGGACAAAGAUCCAGGCUCAGAUUGACCGCUUUCCUAUCGGGGAGCGUGAGGGCGAGUGGCAGUCCAUGAUCCAGAAGAUGGUGGCUUCCUACCUGGUGCACCACAGCUAUUGUGCCACAGCCGAAGCCUUCGCCAAAUCCACUGACCAGGCCGUGCACGAGGAGCUGGCCUCCAUUAAAAACAGACAGAAGAUCCAGAAGCUGGUGUUGUCAGGUAGAAUGGGUGAAGCCAUUGAAACUACCCAGCAGCUCUACCCAAACCUCCUGGAGAGGAACCCGGACCUGCUCUUCAUGCUCAAGGUGAGACAGUUCAUAGAGAUGGUGAACGGGACGGACAGCGAGGUCAGGUGUCUGGGAGGUCGUAGCCCGAAGUCUCAGGACAGUUACCCCGGCUCCCCCCGGCCCUUCAGCAGCCCCAGCCACAAAGCCAGCAGCUCCCAGUCCUACCUCACAGGGUUCGACAGCAACUGCUGUAAUGGUGUGACAUCUAAUAAAAACCACAGCUCGUCCCCUCACAGUCAUAAGCCCUGCCCCCCGGGCUCUGGCUCCACCCUCCCAGUAUCUGACAUCAGCCUCAAUGGGAGUCGCAGCCAACAGCCCAUAACCAGUAAUGACAUGGACAUGGAAGUGGACCACUUCACCAAUGGAGUGACAGAAUCAUCCUCCAACGGUUUCCUCAACGGCAGCUCCAAACACACCACCGAGCCUGAUGACUGUGAUGCAGAUAUGGAGGUGGAGUCGGCUCAGUCCAAGAGGCAGUUGUGUGGCGGCAGUCAGGCGGCCAUCGAAAGGAUGAUCCAUUUCGGCAGGGAGCUCCAGAGUAUGAGUGAACAUCUGCGCCGUGAGUGUGGCAAGAACUCAGCCAACAAGAAGAUGCUCAAGGAUGCUUUCAGCCUGCUGGCCUACUCCGACCCCUGGAACAGCCCUGUUGGAUACCAGCUGGACGCCAUCCAACGAGAACCUGUCUGCUCUACUCUUAACAGUGCAAUAUUAGAGACUCACAACCUGCCCAAGCAGCCGCCGCUGGCUCAGGCCGUCGGUCAGGCCGCCCAAUGCCUCGCCAUCAUGGCACGAACUGGCAGCGGCUCCUGCGCCUUCGCCUCUGUGGACGAUUACCUGCACUAGCCCCAUGUACACACACACACACACACACACACACACACACACACACUCUGAGGUUCUGUCCAGACAUGGCCCCGUCCCCCUCCUCCAUUAUUGUAGUCAUUUAGCUGAGGAGACGCUCCUUUGCACGAUAAGCAGCAGUAGUAGAAAGUAACCAUCUCACUCGCUUCCUGUUGAGCUUUUACAGACCGACACCGACGCCACUGAGGAACUGGAGUCAUUUCUGGGCAGACAUUUAGAGACGCACACGUUGAAACACACAGACACACACUUCCCUUCCAUGGUAAAUACGAGAUGACGCCUCCAUCCCGCCGAGGCCGGCUCCGCCUCCACCCGACCGUGAGGACAUCGACCCACAGGAGCCCACCUGAAAAUAAUCAAAGAACCCAACCGGAACAGACCGGACCCCCACACACACCCCUAUCCCCCUCCUGUAACCGGGUCGGACAGUGGGAAAAAAAAGAAAAAACACAGUCAAAGGUCAAACAAAACAUACAAGAAAAAAAAAACAGACGAGUGAGCGCGGCGGCCGCCCACCCUUUAACGUGGCUCAACAGGCAAACAUGCAUCCAUUUAACGCAGGCUGAGCUGCAAACUGCUCUAAAAAGUCCUGAACGCCAACACGAGGCUCCGUUACAGACGGCUGACACCCCCCCCUCUUGUCCCUCACACCCCCGCACCCACUCCCCUCCCACCCUCCACUGACUUCAGGACAUUUGGCGGAGAUUUGUGUGACGCAUGUGGACUCGGGACUUCGAAGAAGCCGGAGAGAAUCUGCAGUCAUUGUUCCUGUUUUUAAUCUUCUGUUUAGUUUUUCUUUUGUUUGUUUGUUUGUUUGGGGGUGGGGGGUGGGUUCGGGAGGUGUGGUUACCUGGCUCUUGUUUUGUUUUUAGUUUUUCCAGGUUUAAAGGCAUGGUGCAGACGAUGAUUAUUAUUAUUAUUAUUCUAAUUAUCAUUAUAUUAAUUAUUGUUACUUGCAUUCACAGUAUAUUUGUUGAGCGCCAGCAAGAGCAAGUUCCACCAACUUAUUAUUAUAAUAAAGGUCCCGAUUCCACCGAUUCCCAGUGACGAGCGUGUGUACAUGUUAACAUUUAUAUAUGAAUUUAACAAAAUGAAUUAUAUCAAUAGAGUGAGAUAUUUAGUUAUCAAAUGCAAGGAAAUCAUUGAAAAAAAAACAAUCCUUUUAAAGCUUUGUACUGACAGCCCUGAAGCGCAGGUUGUUCCCAGUCUGUACAAGUUUUUAUGUUUCCCGUUCUGUUGACGACAGGGCUCCUACACAUGUGAACAGCCAUCAGAUCUGACCGCUCCCAGCUCUAAAAAUGUAGAAACCAAACGGUGAGCCGAGAGCCAAAGUCUCCCAGCGGCAGCGCUGCGAUAGUUGGAAGUGAUCUGGACAAAUACUGCCUUCACGUGCUGUCGGAAAGAUGAUCCUACCCACUAGCGAAUAUGAAAUUACUCAUUUAGUGCGUUGCGUUCAACUGCUUUGGUUGU